AAAGCAUACAAACAAACUUACUGGAACUAUGAAUAAUAUGAAUGACCAACAAGUUCCCCAAAAAUGAGAAGUUUAUUAUUAUUACCCGUUAUGUAUAUGGAUGUGUCUUAUGAUUGUUUGCAUGUUUACCCUUUAUAAGGUCAACAAUAAUAAUAAACAAUUUGAUUGGUUAAAUGAAUAUCAUUUGGGAAAAAAAAAUUCAAAAAAAAAAGAAAAUUUCCACCUUCACUGAGUAUAAAGAAAAAUUAAAAUAACAAAGGCAUUGAAAUAAACACUUUUUGAUCUUAUCAUUAUAACAUUAUACAAUUGUAUUAUAUAUGCUUAGUAAUAUUGUGGAUCACAUUUAACAUUGAUCAUCUAAUAAUAUGGAUAAUUAUGAAAUAACUGAUGAUUUUGAACGAUUUUGUCAUAUAGCCCAACGUUCACCAAGAGAUAGUUUAGCACCAACAAUACAAAUAACUGAACCAACUUAUCGUGGAAAUAAUAUAACACCUAUUAAUCAAUCAGAAUAUUUAUCAACAUUAAAUGUUGAAUCAUUAAAACGUGCAUCAAGUUUUAGAGAACCUAAACGACGUAAAUCAUUUCAACCAAGUAGUUUUAGUGGUGAAAUUAGUGCAACUAGAUCACCAAUUAGAUCUAGUCCACAAUGGGAUCAUUCAAAUGAAUUAAAUCAAUUUAAUUAUAGACAAAAACAACAACAACGUUCUCGUUAUUAUAAUAAUGAAUCAAAUGAUACAAAUGUUUUACGAACUAAUGAUAAUACACAAAGAUAUUGGCAAAAUUUAGAUACAAGUCGUGAAUCUUCAAGUCCUUAUUCAUGUUCUCCAGCAAUGUAUAGACUUGGUACUACUCGUGAUAGACCAGGAUCUAUGAAAGAAACUAGUUAUAAACGUACAAGAAGUCAAGAAAAACAUAAAUCAAGACCAUCGGCUCCAACAUUACAUCCAACAAAUCAUCCAUUCUCUCAAUAUUCACCUAGUCGUCAUUCAAUCAGUCAGACAGAUGAACAAAUGUUACGUGUUCGACGUUUUGAACGAAAUAAACAUGGUGAUGUUAUUAGUAAAGGUGAUCGAGAUGUUCCACAGAUAGAGAUAUUUGCAUCCAGGAGUCCAUCGGGUGAUUCACGAGGAUCAGUGGUUUAUCCACGAUCAAUACCUGAAAGUAGUCAAAAUCUCUCUGAAUCAUCAUUAAGUGAUGAGGUAAUUGAGAUCCCGGCAAUCACUACAAAUUUGGCUAGUUCACCAAGAGCUUCAAAUGAUGGUUUACUUAAAAUUUACAGUAAGCGUGCAAGUAGUCCAGUUAGAGGAUUUAUACCAGAGACUAGACUACGUUCUAAAUCAUGGGCAAUUGUAACAGAAAGUCCAGAUAAUUCACCUAAUAAAUUAGAAUCACCAUCUGGUGGUGAACUAUUUCUAGAUGAUCGUUUACUUCAAGUUCAAGUAAUUGGUACAGCCAGAGUUGGUAAGACAAGUAUGUGUAUGCAAUUUCAUACUUCAGAAUCAAUUGAAGAUCCUAAUGAUUCAAUUCAUGGUGAUGAACAAUUAAAUCCGGUAAGAGUUGAAAUUAACAACUUGAAAGCAAGUCUUGUAUUUAUGGAAACAGAUAUAAAUGUGGAAGAUACAGAUGAUGAACUUAACUCUGUGAUUGUUGAUACAGCCGAUGCUUAUCUUGUUAUAUACGCAGUUGAUGAUCGUGGUUCAUUUUAUACAGCAAGAAAAAUAAUCGGUUUGUUGUUAAGUCAAUGUAAACGUUCCAGUGCUAUAAUACUUGCAGCCAAUAAAUCUGAUUUAGUGAGAACACGAGUAGUAUCUAGUGAAGAUGGAAAGAAUUUAGCUCAAAUCUAUUCAUGUAAUUAUUAUGAAAUAUCUACAUCAAUUAAUCAUCGUGUUGAUGAUUUAUUAGUUGGUAUAUUAAUUUCUAUUAAAGAACAACAAAAAAAUGUACAAAAAGAACGUGAACGAUUAGAUCGUAUGGUAAUAUUACAAAGAAAAGGAUCAAAUCAUUCACCAAAACAUAAAAAUUCUAUUACAGUAUUAAAAACACCAGCUAAUAAUGUGAUGAAAUUUUUUAGAAAACAUUUUACAAUAAAAAAAAAUGAACAAAAUUUAAUAUAAAUUUUAAAAAAAAAGUUAAAAAAACAAAAGAAAAAGAAAAAGAACAACAACAACAACAAAAAAGAAAAGAAAAGAAACGAUAUAUGUGUGUGGGUGUGUAUUUUAAUGAAGUUUUAUUCUUUAAACUAGAUAAUUGAGUUGUGAAGCUUCUUCUGAACGAUAUCAUCAUCAAAAUACAUUGACAUCCUGAAGAAAAGCUAUAAGUUAUAUAUAUAUAUAAGAAAUUUGUACACUUCUGAUGAUAUUUAAUCAGAAGAGAAUAAAUGAAAGUUCCACAACUCAUCUAUUCAGUUCAAAAAAACAAAAACAAAAACAAAACUUUAUCAUACUCAUUCAAUUGAAUGAUGAAUCUUUAUAUCAAUAUACAUGUGUAUACAAUAAACGUACAUAUCUUUCAUUGCACAACAUGUUUGUUUACAUCUUCUAACUUGUAAUUGAGUGACAUUUCGGUUAUUUAUUUAUUUAUUUAUUUAUUUAAUUAUUAUGCACAUAGUUUAAUAGAAUUGUAUAAGAUAAAAUAAUUAAAAUAUGUAUGCAUAACAAUCUAUUUGUUCUAUUGUAUUCUUGUAUUCAUUAAACAGAAUUAAAUAAAUAUACACAUCAUUUCAGGUUGAA